AUGGACAAGUUCCAGCAUCAGCUGCUCAGCCUUGUUGGGGGUCUGAUCUGUUUCUGUACUCUGGUAAAAUGCAUCAGAUUUAUGAAAGACCUUUUGUCAUAUAUCUGGAGUUCUUUACCUUAGGCUUUCUUUUGGUCAAUGGAAGAACGGGCAGUUACAAAGCUGGCCACAGAUCAAAAGGUGAAGGUUAUGAAAGCUCAUUUCACUAAAAAUUCAGUGUACAAGAGCAUUGAAAAAUAUCUGAAAGACACGGAUAUUGGCGUUCUGGUGAGUCCUUAUGGUGUUUCUGCUCCAAUGACAAUUUAUCAAAACCCUGGUGUUAAGACAGCAGAAGAGUUUGUUAGUGAAUCACUGAAGUAUGUCAACUUUGGAGAUGAAAUUUUGGGAUGUUUCACCCAUAAAAUUCUGAUUGAAUUUGCUUGUGUGUAA